AUGGUGGACCUUUUAAGCGCAGAUUUCGCACCUCCAACUUUCCAACUCAAAUCAAUUCACUUCACCAUGGCUAGACAAUUCUUCGUUGGUGGUAACUUUAAAAUGAACGGUACCAAAGAUUCCGUAACUAAAAUCAUCGAAGGUUUAAAUUCUGCUGAUUUACCUUCAAAUGUUCAAGUUGUUAUUGCUCCUCCAGCUCCUUAUCUCGGUUUAGCUGUUGAAGUUAACAAACAAUCAACUGUUGCUAUUUCUGCUCAAAAUGUUUACGACAAAGCUUCAGGUGCUUAUACUGGAGAAAUCUCAGCCAAUCAAGUUUUAGAUUUAGGUGCCACUUGGACUUUAACUGGUCAUUCAGAAAGAAGAACUUUAAUCAAAGAAUCUGAUGAAUUCAUUGCUGAAAAGACUAAAUUCGCCAUUGAACAAGGUUUAUCAGUUAUUUUAUGUAUUGGUGAAACUUUAGAAGAAAGAAAAGCCGGUAUUACUUUAGAUGUUUGUGCUAGACAAUUAGAUGCUGUUUCCAAGAUCAUUUCUGAUUGGUCUAAAAUCGUUGUUGCUUAUGAACCUGUUUGGGCCAUUGGUACUGGAUUAGCUGCUACUCCUGAAGAUGCUCAAGAAACCCAUAAAGGUAUUAGAGCUCACUUAGCUAAAACCAUUGGUGAACAAUCUGAAACUGUUCAAAUCUUAUACGGUGGUUCAGUUAAUGGUAAGAAUGCUCCUGAAUUCAAGGAUAAAGUUGAUGUUGAUGGAUUCUUGGUUGGUGGUGCUUCAUUAAAACCAGAAUUCGUUGAUAUUAUCAGAUCUAGAUUAUAG